AACCAGCAUCUGCAGUUCUUUCCUACACAACCUCUGUGGAGCUGGUGGAUCAUUGUCUGCACUGAGUGCUCUGGGGCUGGUGGAUCUGUGUAUGCACUGAGUGCUCUGGGGCUGGUGGAUCUGUGUAUGCACCACCCUAUAGAUUCAGUGACAACAAUCUCCCAAAGCUCUUCGCCGCCGCCUGACUGAAGUCUGCCGAUUCGCUGGUAAACCUGCGUCACCGGAGCAGUUUUCCGGAAGGGUAAAGAUGGCAACUGCGGGCUACAGUCUGAAGAUAGUGGUGUGGCAAAAGAUCAAGAAUCUUAUAUUAGAUGACUGCAUGGAAGAAGGAGAAUGGAAGAUACUCAUUUUGGACCAUUACACCACAAAGCUCCUUUCAUCUUGCUGCAAGAUGUCCACACUUAUGUCUGAAAAAAUCAGUGUUGUUGAAGACCUGCACAAAAACCGUGAGCCAGUUCCAAAUAUGAAGGCAAUCUACUUCAUCACACCAACAGAGAAGUCUAUAGAAGCAUUGAUAAAUGACUUCAGAAAAAAGAACCAAAAGUAUAAGGCAGCUUAUGUUUACUUCACUGAUUAUUGUCCUGAUAAUCUCUUCAGUCAGUUAAAAACGACAUGCUCAAAAUCCAUAAAACGUUGCAAAGAAGUUAACCUAUCCUUUCUUUCACACGAAUCUCAGGUAUUCACCUUUGACAUUCCCGGUGCAUUUUACUCUAUUUAUAGUCCAGACUCGAAAGAUAAAAAUGACAUUAUGGAAAUUAUGGCGGAGAAAAUUGCAACGGUUUGUGCAAUUUUGGAUGAAAACCCUGGUGUCCGAUACAGAAAAGAGCAUGGAAAUGAUUACAGUUUCACUGGAAAUAAUGCAGAAUAUCUUGCACAUCUGACAGAAGAAAAGCUGGCAAACCAUUACAAAUUAGCUGAGGAGUGCAAUAUAAAGGGUAAAACACAGUCACAGCUUCUGAUAAUCGAUCGCGGCUUUGACCCAAUAUCAUCGAUCUUGCAUGAGCUAACCUUUCAGGCCAUGGCCCAUGACCUGCUUGCAAUUGAAAACAAUAUUUAUAGGUAUGAAAUAAAAAACGAUUCCACAUCCAAAGAGGCUCUUUUGGAUGAGGACGACACACUCUGGGUAAACCUGCGGCAUUUACACAUUGCAGAAGUUGGCGAUAAAAUACCCAAAUUGGUAAAGGAACUUGCCAAAAGCAGCAAGGCGACGGAAGGAAAAGUUACCGUAAAUUCUUUAUCUCAAAUGAUGAAAAAGUUGCCUGCUUUCCGAAAACAAAAGGCCAAGCAAACAACCUAUCUGAAUCUAGCUGAAGAUUGUAUGAAGCAUUUUAAUGGGAUAGUCAAAAAAAUGUGCAAGGCCGAACAGGACCUAGCCGUUGGAACUGAUGCACAAAGCCAAAAAAUUAAGGAUCCCAUGAGAAUCAUUCUGCCCUUUUUGCUUGACAAAUCCAUUGGGGAUUAUGACAAACUAAGGAUCAUCUUGCUUUACAUCUUCCAUGUAAAUGGAACAACAGAAGAGAACCUUGGCAAGCUCAUUCAGCAUGGAAAAAUUGCAGAAAACCGUGAUAUUAUUGAAAAUUGGAAGUUUCUCGAUGUUCCCGUCCUCUCUUCUGGUACCCAGCAACGUAAACCUGUGCGGAAGGAUCGCAGUGCAGAGGAAAGUUUCGACCUUUCCAGGUGGACUCCAAUUAUUAAAGAUAUCAUGGAGGAUUCCAUUGCCAACAAGCUUGAUUCCCAUGAUUGGCCUCACUGCUCUGGCUGCAGUGCUGCUUGGAAUGGCUCAGGAGCUGUAAGUGCUCGACAGGGGAACAAAAGCAAUCUCCCAGAUGACCGCAGAGGUGGUUUAAAACUAAUUAUAUUCAUAAUAGGAGGUAUAACAUAUUCAGAAAUGCGCUGUGCUUAUGAAGUUUCUAAAGCCAGUAAAUGUUGUGAGGUCAUUAUUGGUUCAACUCAUAUUCUUACACCCACAAGAUUACUAGACGAUCUGAAGAAACUGAACAAGUAAAAGAACCAUAUACGGAUUAAAGACAGCCACUUGUAUUGAUCUCAUUUAACAUAAACAACAAGAACUUAAUCUCCCUGCAGUCAACCUUUGCUAAAUGAAGUACACGGCUUGUAUUGAACAACCCAGUGAAAUCUAACACAAUUGCAAUAUUAAUACUGCAAAUGAAUGUUUUGAAAGGGUCAAUAUUGGCAAAAAUAUUUCUAGUUUUCUGCCUGUAAAUCAACGAGGAUAUUGUACUGAUCAUAAUUUGUUACUACAGGUAUUAGUAACGCCUGCGUAUUUUUUUUUCAAAUGAUGACAAUAUGCAAGUCUUUUCUAAAAUGAAUGUUGGUUGUAGGCCUUGUACAUUUUACAGCCAUAUUUUGAAUAUAUUGUCCAUAAUAUAUGUCAACAUAGGAUUUGAAUAAAAUUGUUAAAUUUAAAACAUAGUUGUGAAAAGAUACAUUCUAUCUAAUAUUGAAAUGUAAAUGCUAAUGCAGGGUUUUAACGUCUAAAAAAAUGUAUUUUGGAUUAAAUCAGUAGACAUUUUGUAAAUGAUUUAAAUCACACAGAUUUAACGCAUUAAAAAGUUUGGUUGCAAUGUGUAAUACUACUUCAGUGCAACAGCAGAAUAAUGCCGCAAUAGUACCUAAAACCUAUGCCUUUAUGAUUUUGUACAACACAACGCAAAUCUCGUCCUUCAGCUGCUCAUCCAGUAAAGUGCCACCAAUUUGUGUGUUUUUCUUUUCCUGAGCUGGGCCAAUGUGACUCAUGUGUAUAUCCAAAUUAAUGAGUGAGGAGAUGCAUAGGAACUAUUUGCACAGGCCUGUCAUAACUGCCAUGUUUUUGUUUAGCAGUGAAAUGUUAGUAAUUAAAAAGUUUUCAGCAUUUUGUUAUACAGGGUGCCAAAUACCAAGCAGAGUCUAAAAUAUGUUGUAUCUACUAUAUAUCUUUGAAUAAGCUAAUAAAUGAAAAUCAGUCUGAA